GUGGUCGAAAAUCGAAAUCAAAAUUAACUAACCUUCCCACUCUGUUCCUCAUCUUUUUCACAGCUCACUCUCCCCUGCUUUCUUCCUUCUUUCUCACUCCCUCUAUAAAUACCUCAAAGAUCCUCUCUCCAAUUCUCCAUUCUUCAAUCCACCAAGAUCUGUCGGUGCUCAAUUUUCCUGAUUAUAAUCCGCCUUCCCGAAAUCGAAAAUGGGGUCAGAGGAAUUCGAUUCGAAUUUACAUCCUAAUGGGGUAAUUUCCGACAAAUCGAGCAAUUGUACGAAGAAUGAAACCCUAAUUCCGUUCAAGAUCUUCGUUGGGUACGAUCCAAAAGAAGAUGUUGCAUAUGAGGUUUGCAAGCAUUCGAUUCAUAAGCGUUCUUCAAUUCCAGUUGAAGUUCACCCGAUUAAACAAUCUGAAUUAAGGGAAAUGGGGCUUUAUUGGAGAGAAAGGGGGAAAUUAGAGAGUACUGAAUUCUCUUUUAGUAGGUUUUUAACCCCUCAUUUGGCUAAUUUUGAGGGUUGGGCUAUGUUUGUUGAUUGUGAUUUCCUCUAUUUAGCUGAUAUUAAGGAAUUAGUUGAUUUGAUUGAUGAUAAGUAUGCGAUUAUGUGUGUUCAACAUGAUUAUGCACCAAAAGAAACUACUAAAAUGGAUGGGGCUGUUCAAACUGUUUACCCUAGGAAGAAUUGGUCUUCAAUGGUGUUGUAUAAUUGCCAGCACCCGAAAAACAAGGUGUUAACCCCAGAAGUUGUAAACACUCAAACUGGGGCAUUCCUUCAUAGGUUUCAGUGGUUGGAAGAUCAUGAAAUUGGUGAUGUUCCAUUUGUGUGGAAUUUCCUUGUUGGUCAUAACCAGGUUGUUGAGGGUAAGCCCGAGACGGGCCCGAAGGCAAUACACUAUACUCUCGGCGGGCCUUGGUUCGAGGCGUGGAAAGAUUGUGAGUUUGGUGAUUUGUGGUUGCAGGAAUUGGAGGAUUAUGAGCAGAGCAAGGAGAAGAAGGAGAAGAUUGCUGCUUGAUUAGGCAAGAUUUUAGAUUCUUUUGUUCAGCAUUGUUUGGUAAGGUACUACUUACUCUUGCAUUAUUUGUCUUAGUAUUCAUCUUCUGUUGAUUGUAAUUUUUUUCUGAGUAUUGAAUGGUAUGCAGAUAUAGUAAUGUAGAGAUUAUAUAUAGCAUAUGGCUUGUUAUUGAUGUAGUGUUCUUCACUAUUCUUGUUGUGAAGAUUGCAAUGUAAUAUCAUGAGUUUAGCAAUAAAGCUUAUCUCCAUUUCGUUUGCUCGAAAA